ACAACGAUAAUAACGAUGAUAAACACAUCAACAAUACAAUAAAUCUCUCCCUUCCAGCAAAACCAGCCUAAAAAAAAAGGAAAAAACAAAUAUAUAAAAAAGACCACAAAUACAACAGUAGCGUAUCUGCUAAGACUGCAAGAGAAUGCCUAUUGCUGACGCCCUUCUCCUCACGACGGUCUCCAAGGGAAGGUGAAGGGCGGCGCGAGGAGGGGCAAGGGGAGGGACCAGAGAGAGGGGAGGAAAAAUAAAAAAAUCCAUGGGUUUUAACUCCGCCUACUGAACAGCAGGUGCGGUGUAUAUAUAGUGAGAAAAAACACCGCAUUGCAUGAGAUAUCAACCGACAGUUCGCCAAGGCGUACCUCAAAUCAUGUGGGCCUCCAUUAUCCUAGCAUCUUUGGUAGCAGUAUCCUCGGGGAUUCCUCAGUACUCAUCUCCUCCUCCUCCAUCAUACAUUGCUCCGGCUCCCGCUUGCGACCCUGUUACUGUCACUGAAACAACUACUGAAUAUGGAGAAGUCGUGGAAACUACCACAGUCCCUGUCUACACUACCAACACUCUGUAUGAAACUGAAGUUAUCACCCAGUUUGAAACCGUAGUCGAGACCGAUUACGUCACCCAAACGGAGACCAACUACGAAACGGAAACCGAGACUCAAGUCAUCCCUACAACUAUUAUUGAUACUCAGACUACUUACCAGACCGUAUAUGAGACUGAGACAGAACACACUUAUAUUACAGAAACUGAAACUUCAGUUCAAAAGCAGUACAAAACUGUCUGUCCAAAACAUUCCUAUGUUAGUUACUAAGCUCCCUAGGUUGAAAAUGAUCAUACAUAUUAAAAAAGUCAUAACCCAA